GGUUCGAUUAACGUGAUAAACCCUAGAUUGGUAGCUAGAGCCGGAAGAGGGGUUCUAUCUAAUCAGCUCGCGUAGUCCAUACAUAAAUAAUCCCUCUCGGUGUCCCUCUUUCUUCUCUAUUUUCUAUAUAUUGCCCCCGUUGUUCCGGUAGUGAGGAAAGGUGCACUUGCUUCAAUCACAUCAGGUGAUGCCUUCAUCCUUGUCUUCUCAGAAGUCUGCUUCUGAAGAGGAUCCGCCCGAGUUUCAGGUGGACGUCGAAGCAAAGGCUUGCAGCGAUGUCGCCCACGGGGGUGAAUCCGAUCAUGAGCUGCCAGAACAACGGGGUUCACAGCGUAUUAUCUUCGAACCGCCCGCAGAAGAUCCACGAGAAAGUCGCCGUUCUCGCAACAACACCUCUAAGCGUCUACGCUCGAUUUCACGUUCCAAAAGCAUCGAAACCGUGCGGAGCAGCCGCAGCAAUAAGGACAAUGGUGCAUCAUCUGUUGCACCGGGUAUUCCGAUCGAGUUUCGCACGCUCUCCAUUCACAUUUCCGAGUCACAGAACGUCCCCGAUGAACUGCUCAAGGAGACAAAGGACAAGAGAGACAAGAACGUCGUGAACCAAGACUACUUCGAGCAGCUUGAUUUCCACAUUAUUAGCCCGGAGAGUCUCUGUCAACAGUUUAAUGUCGAUCCAGAAAAUGGACUGAGCGCUAGUGCAGCAGCAGCGAGACUGCAGCGAGAUGGAAAGAACACCAUCGCUCAACGUCGAGAGAACUAUCUGAAGAAGAUAUUUUAUUACGUCUUUGGAGGGUUCUGCUCUAUCCUAUGGAUCGGAGUCAUUGUUUUUUUUCUCUGCUGGAGACCGCUGAGCAACCCUCCUGACCCGACGAAUUUGGCAUUGGCGAUUUUAGUCUUAAUCGUCAUUGUGCUCCAGGCUUGCUUUUCCGCUUUCCAAGACUGGUCGACGAAACAGGUGAUGAAUUCGAUCCUUGGCUUACUUCCAUCCGACACAAUGGUGCUACGUGACGGGAAGCUUGUCAAGAUCCCGACGGCAGACCUUGUGGCCGGCGAUAUCGUGCAGAUUUCCAUUGGAAAUAAGGUACCGGCCGAUAUGCGGCUUCUCAAAACCUCUGGAGACGUACGCUUUGAUCGCGCCGUAUUGACAGGAGAAUCGGACGAGAUCGAGGGGGCCACCGAUGUUACGGACAAGAAUUUCCUCGAAACAAGAAACAUCGCCUUGAUGGGAACGGGCGUAACCAACGGCAAUGCGGUCGGUUUAGUCGUCCUCACAGGCUCUCGAUCUGUCAUGGGUCGCAUAGCCAGCCUGACAGCAGGCGUCAAAGAGAAACCGACUCUCAUCCAAAAGGAGAUCACCCGCUUCGUGAUAAUCAUCAUCUGUCUAACUGUGAUCUUGGCCUGCGCAAUUUUGUUCAGCUGGGCUGGAUGGCUGCGUGUUGAUCAUAAGGGGUUUAUGGACGUUACCGCUAUGCUAGAUGAUGUGAUGGGAUGCGUCGUAGCCUUCAUCCCGGAAGGCAUGCCAGUUGGAGUUGCGCUCACGCUCAUGAUGGUUGCGAAGAGGAUGAAGAGCGUGAAUAUUCUGCCGAAGGGUCUUGCGACAGUUGAGACCCUCGGCUGUGUCAAUGUGAUCUGUUCGGACAAGACUGGAACACUGACGCAGAACAAGAUGCUCGUCAGGUCGGUCGGGUUUGUCGAUAAGCGAUACAAUCUCGAUGAAUUCACCGAGGAGCUCCAGAAGGGUCAAGUACCCUUGCCCGUUCAGACGCUGCUUCAGGGAUCGGUCCUCUGCAAUGAUGCCUUCUUCGAUCCCGAGACGGCACAUUUGCCGCUUGAUGAGCGAGAAGUCAACGGCAACGCUACGGAUGAAGCCGUCUUGCGCUUCGCAGAAGCCGUCAGCUCCGGGAGCUCCACGAGACCUAACGAAUACGAAAGAGUUUAUCAGAUCCCUUUCAAUUCCAAGAACAAGUGGAUGCUUACGUUGCACAAGACCACAGCGAAGCCCCAAGGCCCUGAACUGAACGAGUCCAAUGAGACGUAUCUUGUAUACGUCAAGGGGGCCCCUGAUGUGCUUCUUCCGAAAUGCACGUCAUACUGGUCAGGCGUUGACAACGAGGUGAAGCAGCUGGAUGAUUCCGCGAAGCAGAUGUUUUCUGCCUUCCAAGAGGAGAUGUCAAAGAAAGCCGAAAGAGUUAUUGUUCUCUGCCAGAGAUACUAUAGCCCCCGGGCGACUCUUGGGUCCAACGACUUUGCGGAUGAGAUCCAGGCUAAGGGUGUUCAGAACCUUACAAUCGUUGGGCUGUUCGGCAUAGUCGACCCUCCCCGCUUGGAAACGGCUCGUACCGUUGCGUCUUGCCGCAGGGCCGGCAUCCGGUUUUUCAUGGUCACCGGAGAUUUUGGCUUGACCGCGGCAGCGAUUGCUCGCGACGUUGGCAUCUUCACGGGCACGGCAGAACCAGACACGGUGGCUGAUCUCAUCGAUCUUAAAGUCGAUGAGGACGAGAACAUAUGCUCGAGGCAGAGCCUUCUCAUCGACGGAUCCCAGAUCUCAUCAUUGACGAAAGAAGAUUGGGACGCGAUCUGUCAAUAUAGGGAAAUAGUAUUCGGGCGUACGACGCCGGAACAGAAGCUCCGCAUAGUCAACGAGUUCAGAGAUCGCGAUAAUGUCGUCGCCGUCACAGGUGACGGCGUCAAUGACGCACCAGCACUGCGCGCCGCGGACGUUGGCAUAGCGGUGGUCUCUGGAAGCGACGUGGCAAUCGAGGCAGCAGACUUGGUGUUGAUGGACAAAUUCGACUCUAUAGUCGAAGCGAUAAGACUGGGUCGACUCGUGUUUCAGAAUCUCCAGAAAGUGAUCACAUAUCUCCUCCCCGCUGGCAGCUGGUCUGAGAUCUGGCCAGUGAUCAUGAAUGUCUGGUUUGGGGUUCCCCUACCCCUGAGCUCCUUCCUCAUGAUCAUUAUCUGUGUCUUCACUGAUCUCUUCCUCUCUCUAUCCCUCAUCAUGGAGAAAGAGGAGUUUGAUCUUCUGGAUGGACCUCCGAGAAAUCACAAAAAGGAUCAUCUUAUCAAUCUCAAGAUAUAUGGACAAUCCUACCUGUUUAUCGGAGUGUUGGAGACACUAUGCGCGCACAGCAUGUUUUUCUUCUACAUGUAUAAGCACGCAGGUAUUCCCUUUCAUGCUCUCGUUUUCGCAUUCGAAAAGUACUCGGACGGCUUCUAUGGCUAUACGGAGGAUGAACUCACGCACUUCAACAACGUUGGACAGUGCGUGUAUUUCGUCACUCUGGUCAUCAUGCAAUGGGGCAACAUAUUGUCCGUCCGCAACAAGCGAAUGUCUAUCUUGCAGGCCGAUCCUAUUCGAAAGGAGCGACGCAAUCCCUGGCUCCCGUUAGCGAUGCUGAUUUCACUCAUCAUUGCCAUUUUUGUUACUGAGGUUCCCGGGCUCCAAUCUCUCUUCAAUACAGCUAGCGUGCCGCUUGAGUUCUGGUUCAUACCUAUCGGACUGUCCUUUGGCAUUCUUCUAAUGGACGAAGUCCGGAAGGCCGUUGUUCGACUGUUUCCUAAAGGGCCAAUCGCCCGGAUCGCCUGGUAAGACUGCAGGGAAAUUCAGAAAAAGAACUGGUUUUAUGCAAAAAGAAAAUAAAAAUUCGCCGCUAGACGCACAAUCGCGAUAUGACAUACCUUGAUAAUGUGCAACGUGUGACGAGCUUGCUGGGAAUGAACUGCUGUUGUCAUAAUCGGGGGAUAAACUGAACUCCUGCAGGAAUCAGACUUUUUUUUUCUUUUUCGCCAUAGAAGAGCGCUGCUUGACGACUAGGAAUUCCAAAAUAGAUGAUAAUCGUUGCAUUGUUAAUAAUUAGUAAAGGGGUAUGGUAUGGGCCUAGACCAAGCGUUCUGCAGAGACAUCAAUUCCUUCUCAGCAUUGCAGCCGGGGAUUUCCAAAUUCAAAGACCAAGGUCCCAAAACUAUAGGCAGUAGAAAUCAAAUCAAACGGUAGGAGAG